AUGCGGUUAUUGAAAUUUGAUGAGGCGAUAUCAAAUGAGACUGAUGGUGGUAAAAUCUGGGUGUUUUGGAAAAAUGAAUUGGAUGUGCAGGUGGUUCGCAUGAGUUCGCAGUUUGUGUCAUUAUGCAUUACCGAAGGAAGUAAUCAUUUCUUGGGUAAUUUUAUUUAUGCAAAGUGUAAUAGGCUUGAACGACAGCUGCUUUGGGAGGAGUUGAAUUCGGAUAGAAUGGGUGGGGAGCCGUGUUUCUUUGCUGGGGAUUUCAAUGUAAUUCGGUCGGAUAUUGAGAGGUGUGGUGGGCAUCCGAGGAAUAGAGUUGCAAUUGAUGAGUUUAAUAAAUGGAUUCAUCAGGGUGGGUUGUUGGAAAUGAAUUCACAAGGUGGUAAGUUUACAUGGUGUAAUGGUCAGCAAGGUUUAUCUAGAGCUUGGGCAAAGCUGGAUAGAGUUUUACUUGAUGCAAAUUUUCUAUCUCUUUUUCCGACUGCUCAUUGUUUGUAUCUUCCUAGGACUACAUCGGACCAUUGUCCUAUGGUUAUAGAAUUUUUAAGUGAUCCUUUCUCUUAUGGUCCACCUCCAUUUCGUUUUCAGCAAAUGUGGGUUGAGCAUCCGGAUUUUAUGACUCUUGUUCAAAAGGUUUGGUAUGAAUCGGUUAUUGGUUCGGGGCUGUUUAAAUUAGCCACUAAACUUAAAAAACUUAAGGUGGCGUUGCGUGUAUGGAACAAGAGUGUAUUUGGGAGAACUAAUACUCAGAUUGCUAUUCUUGAAGAUAAGAUUGAGAAUCUGGAAAAUUUGUUGCAGAGAGGUUGGGAUGAUGAUAUUGAAAGGGAAUUAGUAAGGACUUCUAAUGAGUUGUCUUCUUGGAGGAUUAGGGAGGAUAUUAGAUUGGCACAAAUGGCUAAAAUUAAGUGGAGAAUGGGUGGUGAUAGGAAUACAAAAUUUUUUCAUGUGUGGUUAUCUAAUAAAAAGCAUAGGAAAAUUCAUCAGUUAAGAACCUCGAAUGGGUUGGAGUUUAAUUCUCCGGAAGCAAUUCAUCUUGGAGCUGUUGAUUAUUUUUCUGAUUUUCUUCAAAGAUCUAAUCCGGUUAGGGAGGUGCCUGAUUUAUCUAGUUUAAUUUCAUCGGUUAUUAAUGAUGAGGAUUGUAUCCGGCUUUGUGGGAUCCCUUCGUUGGUUGAAAUGAUCUUUGAUUUUACAACAGCGCAGCUGUUCAGUUAUGAACCAAACAAAUCAGGGGAAAAUAUUGGUGAAUCUUUCGACAACUUUUUGCAAGGACUCAUGUCAUUCCCCGUAAACAUCCCUGGUACUGCUUAUCAUAGAUGUCUACAGAACCAGAAGGCGGCGGUGAACAUAAUAACCAACACACUAGAAGAGAGAAAACGUAAUCCUGAAAUUCGCAGAGGAGAUUUUCUUGAUCAGAUUUUGGCCGACAUGAAAACGGAGUUGUUCUUGAUCGAGAAAUUCAAAACCUACAUGAUGUUUGAGCUUAUCCUUGCAAGCUUUGAGACUAUAUCAGCAACUCUUACAUUAGCCAUUAAAUUAAUUACAGAUAAUCCUAAAACAAAAAUGAUGGAGAUGCAGUCGGCUUCUGGGGAAUGCUCCCCUAGUGACAUAGACAUAUUCACGCAAUUUUCGUGGAGGCAAAGAUCUGAUGGGCUGGCUUUUGAUGUUCUUGAUCUGCAAGCUUUGGAACAACUUGAAAGGCCAUUUGAGGAAGUAGGGGUCAGAUUGAUAGUUAAAGAAGAUAUCAUGGGGGUGUUCCAUGAAUUUCAUGGAAGUGGGCUGUUUGAGAAAAAUCUCAAUGCAACAUUUUUAGCACUCAUCCCUAAAACGACCGGCGCAGUAGAGGUGAAAGAUUUUCGUCCCAUUAGCUUGGUGAGUGGGUUAUACAAAAUUUUAUCUGAAGUAUUAGCGAACAGGCUGAGCAAGGUGAUGGAAAGUUCAAUUUCGAAGCCUCAAAAUGCCUUUGUUAAAGGGGCAGUAGCGGGUGGUUUCUUAUCAGGAUUCUCAGUUGGUGAGGCAGCCUCAGGUUUGCUCAACAUCUUGCAUACUGAUGAUACUUUAAUCUUUUGUGAUGCUAAACAUGAGCAAAUUCGAGCUUUGAGGGCUCUUUUAUUAUGCUUCGAGGCCGUGUCAGGGUUGAAGGUGAAUUUGGCCAAAUAUGAGGUAGUGCCAAUGGGGCUUGUACCCAAUGUGGAGAGUUUGGCGUCCAUCUUGGACUGCAAGAUAUCUCAGCUGCCCAUGAAAUAUCUUGAUCUUCCAUUGGGUGCAGCUUUUAAAUAA